AUGUCUCGUUUUCGACGCCAAAAUGACGACGAUGAAGAGGAGGAAGAGGAAGACGACGACGAAGACAACUUCCAAAACGACAUGGAGGCUCUCAGGCAAGCCUGUAUGCUAACCGGCAAUAACCUCACCAAUCUCUCUCCUUCAGCUUCUGUCUCCGCCGGAAGCGCCGAAGCAGAUGGCAAUUCCUGUGGUGGCGCGUCCGUUUCCGAUUCGGAGAGCGAGGACGACUUUGAAUUGUUUCGGAGCGUCCAGAAUCGGUUUGCGACGUCGACGGAUUCACUCGAGCCGUUAUCUUUAAAGCCCCUUUGUGCGCUUCCGCCGGUUUCAGAUGACGAGGAGGAUGAUUUCGAAACACUUUGUGCUGUUAAACGCCGUUUUGCCGCCUAUGAUAGCAAUAACAAUCAAGAAAAUUUGAAAAAUGAAAUAGAGAAACCGGAGACUGAAGUUUCAGAUGAUUCAUUAGUAAAAGGAAAUACUGCCUGUGAAGUGUUUCCAGUUACUGAAGAAGAUGAUAAUGCUGUGAAUUUGUUUAGUGAUAAUGUGGAGAUAGGGCAGUCGGCUUCUGCUGAGGAGAAUGAAUUGGAUAGUAGCAGAUUAUCUACGUUGGAGUUGGACUACUCAAGUUUUCCAAAAUCAGCUCAGGUGUUUAUUGAUGCUAUUAAGAGGAAUAGGUCAUGUCAGAAGUUUAUUCGAAAUAAGUUAACUCAGAUUGAAGCAAGAAUUGAGGAGAAUAAUAAAUUGAAGGAAAGGGUGAAAAUUUUGAAAGAUUUUCAGUUGUCGUGUAGAAAAAUUAUGGGAAAGGCAUUGGGCUUGAGGAAGGAUCCGCGGAUACAAUUGAUAUCAGCACGAAAGACAUCAAAUUCUAAGUAUCCCAAGGUUAAUGGUAAAAAGGUCUCUCCUUUGCAUGAUGGGCCGGUGGAGAAUUCUCAUGUUGCUAAUUACAGAAUGGCAUUGACAAAUUUUCCACUCUCGCUGAAUCAUAAAAAAUGGACAGAGACAGAGAAGGAAAAUCUUGGAAAGGGAAUAAGACAACAAUUCCAAGAAAUGGUGCUUCAGUUUUCCAUGGAUCAAUUCAGUAGUUCAGAAGGAUCUCCUGGAGAUGCAAAUAGUUUGGAUAGUAUUCUCGUAUCGAUCAGAGAUCUUGAAAUUACCCCAGAAAAGAUUAGAGAGUUUCUUCCAAAGGUUAAUUGGGAUCAGUUGGCUUCCUCGUAUGUUGCAGGUCGCUCUGGUGCGGAGUGUGAAGCACGGUGGCUGAAUUUUGAAGAUCCGUUGAUAAAUCAAAGUCCAUGGACUGUCAAAGAGGAUAAGCAUCUCUUGUUUAUUGUCCAGGAAAAAGGGGUCACUAACUGGUUUGAUAUUGCAGUAUCAUUAGGAACAAAUAGGACCCCAUUUCAGUGUCUAUCUCGCUUCCAGAGGAGUCUAAAUGCUCGCAUACUGAAGAGGGAGUGGACCAAGGAGGAGGAUGCUCAACUUCGCACUGCUGUAGAAACUUAUGGUGAAAGAGAUUGGCAAUCUGUGGCCUCUACUUUGGAAGGACGAACUGGUACGCAAUGCUCUAACAGAUGGAAGAAAACCCUUCAUCCAGAUAUACGAAGGGUGGGGAGGUGGACUCUGGAUGAAGACAAACGCCUGAAAGUAGCUGUGAAGCUUUUUGGUCCAAAGAAAUGGGAGAAAAUAGCUCAAUUUGUGCCAGGUCGAACUCAAGUGCAGUGUAGAGAAAGAUGGGUUAAUUGUUUGGAUCCUAGUUUGAAUCGGGAUGAAUGGACUGAAGAAGAGGAUUUGAGGUUAAAAGCUGCAAUUGAAGAAUUUGGGUAUUGCUGGUCUAAGGUUGCUGAACGUCUCCCACGACGAACUGAUAAUCAGUGUUUGAGGAGAUGGAAGGCGUUGGUUCCACAUGAAGUGCCUUUGUUACAAGCGGCUAGGAGGAUGCAGAAAGCUGCUCUUAUAAGCAACUUCGUAGAUCGCGAGUCAGAGCGGCCAGCACUUGGCCCAAAUGAUUUUGUUCUGCUGGCAAUUACAGGACCAGUAUCUGAACCUGAAAAGAUGGAUCAAUCUAGGAAACGUAAGAGAAAGUUAAGGUAUGAUGGGGCAGAAUCUCUGAAUGAAAAGGUUCCUGCACCUGGUAAUACUUUAAAGAAGAUCAAAUCAAACAGGUGUAGAAAAAAGGUGCAAAUUUCUUCCAAGGAAGUGCCAGGACUACCCAAUGACGCUCUGGUUAGCAACUUAGGUGCAAGUCAUUCUGUUGUGGCUGAGACAACAAUGGAAUGUUGUUUGAAAAAUAACAGUCAUGCUGGAUCAGGUCAAGAUCACCCAUCAUCUAAUUCUAUUUCGAUUCCGUUAAUUACAACCAGCAUUCAAGGGGUUGGUUCCAGUCAGAACCAGCUUCCUGACCCAAAUCCUAAGGGACACAAGCCUGUGGAUAGAGAUGGCAACAGCGAGAGUCUUCUCCUGCUACCUUCUGAAAACUUGGAAGCUGGAAUAAUAAAUGGUGAUGUUUUUCAGACCUUUCCUCAGAGGAGCACUACGUCAAGUAAAAAAAGAAGAGCUCAUAAGCAGCAUUCUAGGAAGAAAAUAUGUGCUAAAUCAGGUGAAGGGAGUUCUGUGUUAUCAGAAACUACUAUUGAUGCUCGUGCAUUGAUUAAUGAUGAUCAUCUGGAUUCAAAUUUAGUAAUAACCAAUGAAGAGGACAAUGCACUUGGUCCGCCUGAUGCUCCUGGCAAGGAGAGGGUGCCCAAGCCGCAUUCAGAGAGUUUAGAAUUAAGAGUAACUGGUACUGAAAACACAGACCGUUCCUCUUUGGUCGGGACCACUUCAGAUGAGAAGAGCAAGGCUUUGAAGCUUCCAUGCAGGCAGAAAGUAAGAAUUGCAGAACCAUCGAGGAAAGACCAAGGUUCUGCUUCUGUUCCUUCUCAGCAAGAUAAUAGCAAAAAAUCAAAACCCAGAGGCAAAUCUUGUUCGAAGAAGGUUUUAAAAAUGAAAGAUGAAGAUAAUGUUACUCUUGCCUCCUUUCUUAAAAGUAAAUCAAAGAAGAGAAGCCUCAAAGUUGCACAAAAAGCUGAUCAGGCUUGCUCAUCCUCCAGUAUGAUAAUGACACCUGAAGUGCUCUCGAGAGUAGAUCAACCUAACAAUAGUAAUAAAUUGCCAUCUGUUGUGCACAAUGGUGAAGGUCAGACAUGCUACAAUGGCAAAAGUCAUAUGCAGACGGAGCACUGUGAGUUAGAUGUGAGCAAUUGUGACGCAUUUCCUCCCACGGAAGGAGUGAGAGAACCAGGGAGCAUCAAUCAGGAAGCUGAUCUUGAGCCUGGUAACAUUACUCUUGCUAGCUUACUCUGUAAAAAACUAAAGCCAAGGCGUGGGGUACUUCCUGGAAGUUGUUAUGGGGUUAACACUCACUCCCCUGUGAGAAAGGGGCUGCAGUUGCAGUCCGAAGGGGUAGAACAACCUCACAACGAUACAGAUCCAGACAACUUGUCAUGUUUUGUAAAGAACUCGAUUGGAUCGAGUACUAAGCCAACUAUCAUAGGCAGUGACAUUGAGCCAGGUGGACUUGGUGAACAGUCCAACCACUGUCCAUCAGCCAGUGGGGAGACCGUUCGGUAUUAUAAAAGACGUCCACAAAGCUGA